AUGGUUUCGCUGCUGGAUUCUGACGGCAAGCUUCGGAUCCACGGUAUCCAGGAAGACGUGGAGAACGUUCUGAAGACCAUUCACGCCAAGAUUGAGGAAUACCAGGCGGAGUGGGUAGAAGUUAUGGCUCAGUAUGAGAAAGUGCCUCACAUCUUUAUUGAAGAGUUCUUGGCUCACGGGGUGCUCCCAGCCGAUCCUUCUGCGAGCUCUGAAAUCCUGGCUGGGAAUCCGGCAGCCGUCGUUUUCAGGGGGACUCGUCAAAACGUGGUAGAGCUGGAGAGGCGUUUUAAAGAUCUGCUCGGCUGCUUCCAGGUUCUGCCGGUCUCUCUCACAGACCUCCAGUCGCGGUUUGUCAAGGCACGAUGGGGCAGCCUGUUCCACAAGAACUUCUUCUGGGAGCAGGGCGUGGCUGCCCUGUUGGAGAUCUCCGGAGAUGUCCAGGUUUCUGGUCUAGACUUGGGUACGGUGAAGAAAGCGGAAGGGCUUCUUUCAAAGCAUGUGUGUGAGAAGACAUUGGAGAUACCUGAAGAAGUGAAAUGGGCCACUGAGUCUGAAGAAUGGCAGAAUUUACUGCACAGGUUGAAGUCCCACCAGGAAGUAGCUCUUUAUAAUACCUCGUCCAGUCUGGUGUUUAUGGUUGGCAUCUGUCCCCAUAUCACUCAAGCAGAGCAAUCAAUGAAGGAGUACCUGGAAGACCAUUCUCAAGUGGAGGAAAGCUUGAAUGUGGCCAGGCCCAAAUUGGCUUUAGCCGGGGAGAAUCUCCUCCACAUAAUGGACUGGGAUCAUCUCGAAGUGAAAAUCCGGGUCCAGCCACACAGCCAGAUCUUAUCCCUGAAAGUGAGCGGUAUUCAGAAAUUGGUGCAGAAAGCUGUACAGGUCAUCAAGACGGACUUGGAUUCCCUUGUGCUUGGUAAGGUGCCGCUGAACAAGGUGGCUCUUGGGGAAUACUUCUCUGGGGCUGGAGCAGACGCUCUGAAUCAAAUGGCCCCAAAGUGUGUUGCGAGGCUGGAAAUUCGGAAGCGUCCCGGCCGGGGUGAUGAAGUUGCCAGUAACAAUGGACAUAAGAACCAAGGUUUGGCUGAGACCUGCUGGGCUGUGAUAUUUGUGGUGGGCAGGAAGAGUGACGUGAGCUUGUUCAAGCAAGAAGUGGCCAAGUUCCUGGCCAAGUUCUACGAAGAAACCGUCUGCAGCUCAGAGAUACCGACUUUCAGCAAUGAAGUCCUCCGUGAUCUCUCGAAGAACAUACCGCACCAGUUUCCGGUGGCCGUCCGUCACCCGAGAGAGACAGCGGUCCAGGUUUGUGGUUCUCGAAAAGAUGUCGACAAUUUUCUGGAAGCCAUUUAUGCUAAGAUCAAGGAAGCCACUCAGGCAAAGAUCCAGAAGGACAACGGUGACUGGCUGGAGUCCAAGUUGUUGCACAACACGAUCCGGUGGCACUACAGGACUGACGCUGGAUGGUCCGCCUUUGACGCAGCAACCAACUGCCAGCUGGAGAAGGCCUAUCAGAAGAAGAAAACAAAUACAAAGUUGCAGUGGGAGGGAAAGGAAUUCCAGAUAAACUGGCUGAAAAGCGAAGCCUUCAUGCCAAGCUGUGGAGUCACCUACAAAUUGUGGAGGGAAGUUUGCUUAUGGGACAAGAAUAUCACCCCACACUGGGAAGCUAUGGAUCAGUGUCUGGUAAAGAAAGUAGAACUCCAGAGAAGUUCAGAAGAAUAUCAGGACAUCGUAAAGAAUUUCAAUCGGAUGGGCAACAGCUUUAAAAUCCUAAAAGUGGAAAGGAUCCAGAAUCGCUACCUGUGGGUAUCCUACUGCUGGAAACGCAGCUGGAUGGAGAAGAAGAACCCAGAAAGGGUACAGAACGAGCGCAUCCUCUAUCAUGGGAUGCCACCAGAGAACUGCCGUUCCAUUCAAGAGUUUGGCUUCAAGAGUGCCUGCAGGAAGGGGAGUCGCUAUGGCCAGGGCAUUUAUUUUGCCGAGGAUGCUGCGCGUGCGGCUUUGUACACGAAACUCAAUUCCUGUGGACACCGGCUCAUGUUCCAGUCACGGGUCCUGACUGGGGAGUACACGUGUGGAAAAGAAACGAUGGCCUUCCCACCCAUGAAGCCAGGGGAAAGAGGCUGCUAUGACAGUUUAGUGGACGCUCCCAGCAAGCCAGCGAUCUUUGUGAUUUUUUUCGAUGACUACGCCUACCCCGAAUACCUGAUCACUUUCCGUGAGUCGCCACCCUGACGGCAGAUACGAGGCAGCAGAAGGCACCGAUUGCAGACGCUGCUUUACACUGAUCUGGGGAUUCAAGAGGGUGGAAAUUGCAGAAUGGAACCCCGAAAGCUUUUCCUGUUGUGUGUUUUGUGUUCCUUUUGUGUGUUUUGUUUCACUGGAGUUUCCUAAACGAGAAGAGGAAAUAGUGCGAAGAUUCCAGAUACUUGUUUUCACCAAACUUCGUUUUGUAAACGUUGCCAAAGGUGUCUCUCACCUGCUGUCUGUGGAUUAGUGUCUCCCUCUUUCUUUGAGGACUGGAAUUAGAGAAUCUAU